AUGAUUGCCGUGAUCCAGCUUUGCUGCGACGACUGCGGCGAUGUCCGCGCCCACCCGCCCGACGCGGACCAUGCUGCGUCCGCAGCUGCGCGCGCGUUGAUCAGGUCGGGAACCGAGUUCGACUCAGGCCCAUCCUCUGACUCUGCCAUGCUCAUCGACGAAAAGCCGCGCGUCCUCGACCCGACCGCCUCCGACGAACCGCCGCCGUAUGCGGCGACGGCGGGUGCGUCCCUGCCGCACGUCCGGCCGAGCAACUGCCUCUCCGUUGCGCGCACCGGCGACGCCCCUAUCCGCGGGCCCUUCAUCGUCGACCCGCUGCUGGUCAUCCCCGCCGCGCUCGUGGCGUCCCAAACCUCGGGGAAGAGAAGGGACAACCUCCGACUAGAGACGAGGGACGGGCCUAUAGACGCGGAUGUCUGGGUCGUCCCCAAAGCCGCAGCCGCUCUGCGCGCCAACGCGAGCGCCCCCUCCACGACUCUCGCGGAGAGUACCACCGCCCAAUUGAACUUCAAAACACAGCGUGGGCCGCUGUCCAUGCGUCUGCGCACGGCGCCUGAAUCGCCAGUCACGCUGGACAUCAUCGCGACUUCCGUCGGCGGGCCCAUAUCCGUCUUCCUCCCGCGGUCGUUCCGAGGCACCGUCGAGUGCUCCGGACCGCUCUCGCUCUCGCCCGCGCUGGACGAGGAACUGACGGUGUUCGAGGAAAUCGACGAGACGCGGCGCUGCUGGGUCGGCGCGUUCGAGGACGCGCAGUCGGACGCGCCCGGGAAGGAGACAUCGUCGCUGCACCUGUGGACCGCGUACGGUCGCAUCGAAAUCUCUUAUGUGGACGAGGACCUGCCGCCCGCGGCGGAUGACGCGCAAUUGGACGACCCGGCACCUGCAGCACCACCCGCAUUUUCGCCCGCCAUGCCUACGAUGCCCACGGUGCCUGCGAUGGCUAUGAUGGGUGCGAUGUCCAUGACGCCCACAUCGCCCGCAAUACUCUCCGUGCCUGCGAUGCGCUUCCCCGCCCUCUCCGCCGGCCCCACGCAAGGUUCCGUACCCGACCCGCCGCCUACACCGCCCGUCCCGCGCCCGCACGAGGUGGACCCGGAUCUGGACGCGUGCCCGCGCGGGCUGGUCUCUUGGGUGUGCCGUAGCCUCGAGCGGCGACUUGUCCCGCCCAGCGCGGCGCUACGGAAGCAGCUGCUGAUCGAGAUCAAGUUGGGCGACAGGGUGGGCCGUAGGAUGCCGAGUCCGGCACAUCCGCCGCCUGUAUUCAACGAGGAGGUGGAUUGA